UUAAAUUACAUAUCUAGUACAGGUUUGACCCUAAUUAUCAUUAAAAACACUUUAUAAAUACUCCAUAACGUUAAACAGUUACGCACAUGUACGUCAACCGUUUGAAUUUAUCAUUUCGUUGAUUAGUGAAUAGCUUCAGUUUCAAUUUAAUCGAUAUAGAUAAACCAAACGGCUAAGAAGAAUGGCGCCGUCACCGCAAGAGAGCGUGCCUCAGGAGGUACUGGCCUCUUCAGUGUCAAGUGGAGAUAGGAUAGUCAUCAGUGGCAUGUCAGGACUGUACCCGGACUCAGAACACGUAAAGGACUUCGACGAAAUCCUGUAUAACAAGGUAAAUCCUGUCACAGAAAAAGGACUUCGCUUCAAAUUUAACCACCCAGAAGUGGUGCAGCACUCGGGGUCAGUGCCGGGGCUGAGUUACUUCGACGCGCAAUUCUUCAAGGUGCACUACCGCCUCGCCAACUGCAUGGACCCCAUGGCGCGCAAGGUGCUCGAGCAGUCAUACCAGGCUAUAUACGAUGCUGGAGUCAAUCCUGAUGAGCUUUCCGGCAAGAAGAUCGGUGUCUACAUCGGAUCAUGUUUUUCUGAAACUGAAAAGGCUUGUUUUUACGAGGCUUCUUCUAGAUCGGGCUUUGGUAUAGCUGGGUGCAGCAAAACGAUGUUUGCGAACCGCAUCUCAUACUGGCUGAACGCGAAGGGUCCGUCCAUGUCUAUCGACGAGGCGUGCUGCAGUUCUACCGCGGCGCUAGAGCAAGCCUACCUCGCCAUCAGUCGCGGCGAGUGCGAGGCUGCUAUCGUCGGAGGCGCCUUCUUGUGUCUGCACCCGCAGUCCUCAGUGCACUAUGGAAGAAUCAUUAAACUAUGUGAGGAUGGAAAAACUAAAUCGUUUGACGAGAAGGCUGAUGGCUGCACUAAGUCUGAAGCGAUCAAUGUACUAUUUCUGCAAAAAGCCAAGGAUGCUUUAAGGAUUUAUGCCGAUGUAUUGCACGUCAAGUCGGAGUACACGGGUCUGUUGGCUGGAGAGACAGGCCCUCGAUACGGAUUCUACAGAGACAUGAGCAAAACUAUCAACUUUAUCAAAACGUUCUACGAAGAAGCUAAAGUACCCGCGCAAGCUAUCGAAUAUAUCGAAGCUUUCGGAUGCGCUCUACCAGAGGUUGAUAAAAUGGAAUUGCAAGCCAUCGAAGAGGUGUUCUGCAAGGACAGAAAAGAUCCCCUGUUGGUGGGCAGCGUUAUGUCCAACGUCGGUUACAAUGAAGCUGCCGCUGGUAUUACUGCCAUCACAAAGGUACUGCUGGGGUACCACCACGGUGUACUAGCCGCCAACCUGCACUGCGAUAACCCUCGUCAGGACGUAGCGGCGCUGCGUGAGGGGCGCAUGCGCGUGGUCACCGACCACGAGAAGUUCAAGCGCAGCUAUGUCGCAGUCAACGGCAUGUCAGUCGCAGGCGUCAACUCACACGUGUUGCUACAUGGCCACUACAAACCUAAGGAUCUCGAUCGUUACAAGACAAACAUACCACACCUGGUGACAGUAUCAGCGAGACACGACGUCGCUGUGAAGCAUAUUCUGGAUGAUCUGAAGGCAAACCCCAUAGACCCCGAGCAGCUGAGGCUGUUCCACAAUGCACAUCAAUCUAACACUUCGGGACACUUGGGCAGAGGAUUUGUUAUUCUAAAGUCUGACGAAGAAAACAAAACCGUGAGCCUGAGUGAGAAGGCUGAGUAUUUUGACGACGCUCUCAAGCCGCUGUGGUUCGUGUACAGCGGAAUGGGCUCUCAGUGGACCGGUAUGGGUGCGCAACUCAUGCGCAUUCCCAUUUUUGCUGCCGCAAUAGAACGAUGCCGAAAAGUACUUGAGCCCAAAGGAAUCAAUAUUGUUGACAUCAUAACAUCUUCAGAUGAAAAGACCUUUGACAACAUUUUACAUUCCUUCGUGGGAAUAGCUGCCAUUCAGAUUGGUCUUACUGAUAUUCUCCGAGCGGUUGGACUUGUUCCCGAUGGAAUUAUUGGUCACAGCGUGGGUGAGCUGGGAUGCUCGUACGCCGACGGCUGUCUGACGGCGGAGGAGAUGAUACUGUCCGCCUACAGCCGCGGACUGGUGUCGCUCGAGACUCCCUUCAUACGCGGCUCCAUGGCUGCCAUUGGUCUGGGAUACGAACAGAUUGCCCCGAUGUGUCCUCCUGAAAUCCAAGUAGCUUGUCACAAUGGUCCUGAGUCCAGCACUAUUUCGGGACCCGCUGACAAGAUGCGCGAGUUUGUGGCUGAGUUGACUGAAAAGGGAAUUUUCGCUAAAGAAGUUCCAUGCUCCAACAUUGCCUAUCACUCACGUUAUAUUGCUGAUGCUGGUCCUCAAUUACUCAAGUACUUAUCCGACGUGAUCAAGGAUCCGAAGCCUCGCAGCGAGCGCUGGCUGUCGACGUCAGUUCCAGAGGAGAGGUGGGGUGAACCGCAAGCGAAGCUCUGUUCUGCUGAAUAUCAUACCAACAACUUGCUUAGCCCAGUAUUGUUUGAGGAAACGUCCCGACUGAUCCCCAACAACGCGGUGCUGGUGGAGGUGGCGCCGCACGGGCUGCUGCAGGCCAUCCUCAAGCGCUCGCUGCCGAGCUGCAAGAACAUCGCGCUCACCAGGAGGAAGCACGACGAUAACGCCUUCUUAGUACUCGAAGCUAUCGGCAAAUUGUUUAUGGAAGGAUACAAUCCUAAAGUUCAUGUUCUGUAUCCAAAAGUUGAGCUGCCCGUGUCCACGGGAACACCAUUCUUAUCUCACCUCGUCAAAUGGGCUCAUGGUGAGAAAUGGCCUCUACCUUUCUACAACACAGCCAACAGAAAAACUGCUGCCACUUGCAAUUACGUGACUUCCCUGCAGGAUCUUGACAAUGCUUACUUGCAAGGACACGUAAUGCGAGGGCAAACGUUAUUCCCGUAUGCGGCUACUCUGGUGUUGGUGUGGGAUGUGUUCUGCAUGACUGCGGGUAAGCCGAAGAAGCAGCAGUCGGUGGAGUUCACUGACCUGCAUCUGAUCUCGCAACCGAUAUUACACGACCAGCGUCAACUUCGUCUGAACCUGUCUCUCCAGAGAGGAACUGGCAGGUUUGAGGUUUUGAAUGAAGGCUCUCGAGUCAUCAGUGGUGGUAUAAAAAUAUUUGAUACUGAAAAAUCAAAACCAAAUUAUGACAGCGAUACCACAUUAAAUGUAGAGCUCACACAAGAUGAUAUUUAUCGUUUAUUGAGUGAAAGAGAUUACUCGUACAGCGGUGAGUUCCGCAGCAUGGAGGGGUGUGACAGCGCGCUGAGCGCGGCGGCGCUGGCGUGGCGCGACAACUGGGUGACGUUCCUCGACGGAUUGCUGCAGCUCAACAUGCUGCGCCAGCCGCACCGCGCCGUCACGCUGCCCACGCACAUCAGGAGCAUCUCCAUCGAUGUCGACCAGCAUGCUAAAUGUGUGAAACAGUCUGCUGUUUCGGACUUCAAAGUUUCAUUGAAAGCUUAUGUCUCUGAUCAGUACUACAAUACCAAGUGCGGAGGAGUCAUAAUACAUAACAUAAAAUAUGAAAAACUGCCUCUGUUGAAAAAUAAAGAAAUGGUUCUAAAGUCUCUGAAUUUCAUACCUUUCAAAACCGAAAUAGAUGCAUCAUCUUCUCUUGAAGUUCACCUGCAAAUUGUGGCGGAAAAUUUGAGUAAAACAAAUCUCAAUGUAGUUGGAAUAGUUAACGAACCAUCAAAUGAGUCUAUAUUCAUCGAAAUUGAUAAUGCUCUGAAGAACAUUUCUAGCCUCAAUAUUAAAUACUCGGAAAUAAGCCGAGCUUCAGCAAUAAAGAAACAAGCGAACUUGGAACUAAAAGAUGUUGAUCUUUUUCUCGUACAAAACCUAUCAACUGAUGAUGAAUUGUGUCAGUUACUGCAUCGUACUUUGCAACGAGACCAAUUCAUAGUGAGCGAGGAGGACACGCUCGGAGGUCGCGCGCGGCCCUCGUCUCUGUACCGCGUGGUCUCCGCGCACAGAACAGUGCGCGACGGCAAGAAGCAGCAGUCGCAGCUGCAGCUGAGCCGCUGGGGAGCUGCCACGCCUGUCGCCACAACCACCACCACCGUGCGAUCCCAAGCCGACAUCCCGUACCUUAUCUCAACACGCGAUAACCUGGCCGCGGGACAUCGCCUGUUGAUCAUAGCGCCGUACCCCUCACUGCCAGGACUCAAAGAACUUGUGAGCGGUUGGCGUAAACAAGAUAACGGUAACAAGAUCCAGCUGAUCAUGGUCGGCAAAGAGAGCAUCGAUAGCUUCUACUGCAGCGACGUACCAGAUGUUGAACUGGCAUAUAAUGUUGUGAAUAAUAACCAAUGGGGAGGGGAGUACUAUACCUCUUUGGUAGACUCUGCACCUGUAAGCAAUGUGACUUUAAAAUGCAACCAGUUCGGUGAUUUUGAUUCACUCACAUGGGUCGAAACACCUGAGAACAACGAACCGGGAGUUAAAGUCAAGGUUCACUACGCUGGUAUCAGUUAUAAUGACACCAAGAAGGCUAGCGGAGCCUUGUCAUUUGGACAAAACGUUAUUAACGACUACGGAAUGGAUUUCAGUGGGACCACGGAAAGUGGUGUUCGCGUGAUGGGCUUGGUGCGAGGUGGAGCAGCCAGCAGCGUGGUGCGCGCGCAGUCGCAGCUGCUGUGGCCCGUGCCGGUACACUGGAGCCUCGAGGACGCCGCCACCGUGCCGCUCGCAUACGCGCACGCCUUCUACUGUCUCGCCAUUAAGCUGUACAAGAAGCUGGAACCCCAUACAACUGUGCUGGUGCACGGAGGAGCCGGGACCUUAGGUCAAGCUGUCUUGUCAAUCGUACUGGCUCACGGCUGCCAAGUAUACACUACCGUUAGUGAUAUAAAGAAGAAACGAUUCCUUCUCAAACUGUUCCCAGGAUUGAAAGCUGAAAAUAUCGGCAAUUCUCGUGACCAUAGUUUCCGAGACAUGAUUCUAAAUGCUACAGCAGGGAGGGGAUGUGAAAUUGUUAUAAGCUCAUUAAAAGGAGAGUUGAAGAAGUCUACACUCUGCUGUGGUGGUUUCGAUGGAGUGUUUUUGGAUAUUUCACAACUACAUAAUCAAGAAGAAGACUUCGACUUCGGAAUGUUCCACCUCACUAAGGAAAGAGCUUAUACUACUGUUGAUUUCUCAACCAUAUUUGACAGUGAAAAUAGCAGUGAACGCAAUGCUUUGCAGCGCAUGAUAAGUGAGGGAAUCCGUGCGGGCUACGUACGUCCGCUGUCGCGAGUGACGUACUCCCCGCACGACGUCGCGCGUGCGUUCUAUCUACAGGACGGUAGCCGGCACCGCGGCAGAGUGCUGCUUAGGAUGCACGAUGACACACUGACGGCUCAACCCAGAUUGAAGUGCUCUACUGACGAUUGUCAUCUUAUUAUAAGCAACGAUGAAACAUUUGGGUUGCUGCUAGGUGACCGGCUAGUACAAAGAGGAGCUAAAAAGCUUUGUGUACACCUUAAGAGUCCUUCAGCUAGCUACAUACAGUUGAAAAUUCGAUCGUGGCAAAAGUUAGGUGUGAAAGUGGAAGUAAUGUCGAACGAGUUAUCAAAGGAGUCGGACAUCUCCGCAGUGGUCAGUAACGCCCAGCGCCUCGGCCCAGUGGAAGGAGUUUACGUCACGCUGGCAGACAAUCAACAACACAUUGACGAAACUAAACUCAACACUUUGGAUUUAGUAUCGAGGAAGUUAUGUAAAGAUAUCAAAUACUUUGCAAUAUUGAACACCGGUACUAAUACUAUUGGAAAGGACGUGAUCCUUCGUCGAGUACAUAACAGCUUGCCUGCAACAAUGUUAUCGUUGCCUGAAAUAAACCUCGAAUCUCAUAACGAGGUUGUAUUGUACCGAGGUGCGGUUGACCUGACCGAGAAAGCUCUGCGUGGCAUACAGCACGUUCUUCUUGCGAGCACCGUUCCUGAACAUCAAACUUCGCUCCUACAAAAAAUUGUCGCCCUCGCAGGGAUAACUUUCAAGGAGACGCCGGAUAAGAAUACAACGUUGGAGGAAUUGGGUGUAUUAAAUGACAACGUUCAAAAAAUAUCUCAAUUUUUGAAAUUAACUUAUAAUAUUGUGUUCGACGAAACGGAAAUUCCCUCCCUCACUGUUGAAACGAUACAACAAAUAGAAAGUUCAAUCACCAAACCAGAAUUCAAAGAUGAAAAGGGCUUGUCUACCUUCUUCACGUAUGUGGACGCAGAUGAACUUGUCGCAACAACAGACUUCGUUUGUUUGCCCAGCCUUGUCAACAAUUCUUCAAUGAGAGACGAUGAAUUCGACGCAACCCAAACCUACCUGUGCAUAGUGCCGGGCAUGGAGGGACAUCACGAGCGGUUCCGGCUGCUGUGCGAGCGCCUCAAGCUGCCCGCCAUUGUACUGCAGCCGGGGCUCGACCGCCCUAACGAAACUGUACAGGAAACUGCUAAACGAUUCGUUGACGUGUUCUUGAAGAAGACGGGAUUGAAAAAUAACUUCUACCUCUUAGGCUAUGAAACAGGAAUCGCGAUAGCAUUAGAGAUGGUGGCUCUUUUGGAAGACCGAGGUUUGACGGGCACAUUAUAUUGCAUCGGGUUCGCACCAGACGAGCUCAAGGUGGAGUUGGAGGAGCAGUUGUCGGAGUUUGCUCGCGAAGAGGAGCUGCAGAACUCCGUGGCGCGGCACAUGUUCACUCUGAUGGCGGGCGGCGACGCUCGCGGGCUGGGCGGGCUGCAGGCAGCUCGCACGUGGGCGCAGAAGGUGGAGUUGUGCGUGCGCACUCUGCUGGGGCGCGUGCCGCACUCGGCGCAGUACGCGCGCGCGCUGCUGGAGACGGCGCUGUCGCGCAUCCAGCGCGCGCGCACGUGCCGCGCGCGCCGCGCGCUGCGCUGCGUGCUGCUGCGCGCCGCCGCCGCGCGCCCACAGCCGCCCGCGCGCGCGCUGCAGCACCACUCUCAGCUGCCCGUCGUCGUGCACCAGCUGACCUCACCGCUAGCACACGCCACCGCAGACUUGCAGUGCGCCGCCGUCAUCAACAGAUACCUGCACCCCGACAUACUGCAACACUUCGAUAAUAAGAACAUUUGUGACACAUACCUUCUUAAUGCUGAUUCCUUCAUGUCUCUUGACGGUCCGUCCGUUAAGUAAUUUUUAUGUAAUUGAUAUAUGUAAUUAAAAUUAAAUGCACAUUUAUUAUU